GUUAGGAUACCAGUACUAAGCAUAGCUCCAUCCAAAACGCAGCUCCUCGGGCAAUGCGGCGGGUGCAGCCUCCCCUGGCGGCGGCCCCCGGGAUUUACUGAGCGCAGGGCUGGUUUCCCCGCGCACCUCGCGCACCGACUCCCAGGCCCGCGAGGGGCGGGGCCGCAGGGGGCGGUGCUGGAGACGCCCCGCCCCCGAGGGGUCUGGCUCGGGCGGGCAAAGCUGGCCCCGCGCUGAUUAAAGAGGCGCGCCGGGGCGGGCGCGGCGCACACUGCUAGUGGAGUGCGGGCGGCCGGCGCACGUGUCUUCCCAGAGUCUGGCCCAGAGUCCCCCUACGUCUUCGCCCCCGCGAUCCAGGGCAGCCCUUUAGCCGUGCGGGUGACCGCCCACCCCCGGCCGCGUGAGCUAGUCCCCGCACAGUUCCCCGCGCUCAGUGGGCCAACUUGGAGUAGCAAGUUUGUCGGGGGAUCGGCGCCGGGGGGGACGAGGUACUGCGCAUGCGGAGCUCCAAAUUCAAACAGCUGUUUCCAGAGGCUGGAGGGCGGGUGGACUGGGAGCCUCUGAGGCUAGGGGAGGCUUUCUCCAGGAGGCGGCCGCUCGGGAGCCAUGGUGGACCGGGGCCCUCUGCUCACCUCGGCCAUAAUCUUCUACCUGGCCAUCGGGGCGGCGAUCUUCGAGGUGCUCGAAGAGCCGCACUGGAAGGAAGCAAAAAAUAACUACUAUACGCAGAGGACGCAUCUGCUCAAAGAGUUCCCGUGCCUGGGCCAGGAGGGCCUGGACAAGAUCCUGGAGGUGGUUUCUGAUGCUGCAGGGCAGGGUGUGGCCAUCACAGGGAACCAGACCUUCAACAACUGGAACUGGCCCAAUGCAAUGAUUUUUGCAGCCACAGUCAUCACCACCAUUGGUUACGGCAAUGUGGCCCCUAAGACCCCGGCUGGGCGCCUCUUCUGCAUCUUCUACGGUCUCUUUGGGGUACCUCUCUGCCUAACGUGGAUCAGUGCCCUGGGAAAGUUCUUUGGGGGACGAGCCAAGAGGCUAGGCCAAUUCCUCACCAGAAGAGGUGUGAGCCUGCGGAAGGCACAGAUCACGUGCACCGCCAUCUUCAUCUUGUGGGGCGUCCUGGUCCACCUGGUGAUCCCACCCUUCGUGUUCAUGGUGACUGAGAAGUGGGACUACAUCGAGGGCCUCUACUACUCCUUCAUCACCAUCUCUACCAUUGGCUUUGGUGACUUUGUGGCUGGUGUGAACCCCAGUGCCAACUACCAUGCCCUGUACCGCUACUUUGUGGAGCUUUGGAUCUACCUGGGGCUGGCUUGGCUGUCCCUCUUUGUCAACUGGAAGGUGAGCAUGUUUGUGGAGGUCCACAAGGCCAUCAAGAAGCGGCGGAAGAGGCGUAAGGAGUCUUUCGAGAGCUCCCCCCACUCCAGGAAGGCCCUGCAGAUGCCAAGGACCGCGGCUUCCAAGGAUGUCAACAUCCUAAGCUUUCUGUCCAAAAAAGAGGAGACUUACAAUGACCUCAUCAAGCAGAUUGGGAAGAAGGCGAUGAAGACUAGUGGGAGUGGGGAGAGGGUCUCAGGACUGGGGUUGGGACCUCAAGGGGGCGGGCUGACGGCCAUUCCCCCCGCCCUGGCCCCGCUGGUGAUGUACUCCAAGAGCCGGGUGCCCAGCUUGGAAGAGGUGUCUCAGACACUAAGGAGCAAGGGCCACGUGUCGCGGCCCCUCAGUGAGGAGGCCAGCGCACAGCCCCCCGAGGAUGGAUCCCCCAGUCCUGAGGUGUGCACUAACCAGCUGGACCGCAUCAGCGAGGAGGGCGAGCCUUGGGACACCCAGGACUACCACCCACUCAUCUCCCAGGACACCGCCACCACCUUUGUGAAUGAGGAGACUGGCUUCUUGGACGAGGAGACCUCCAAGUCCUCACUGGAGGACAACCUGGCCGGGGAGGAGAGGCCCCAGGAGGAGACUGAGACCGAGCCCCCCCGGAACACGGGCGAGUUCCCCUCAUCCGACGAGUCCACCUUCACCAGCACUGAAUCUGAGCUCUCUCUGCCUUACGAGCAGCUUAUGAACGAGUACAAUAAGACAGACUGCCCCCAAGGCACAUGAGACAGGGCCGGCUCCCUGCCCCACCUCUGAUGGCUGCUGUUCCCCUCAUCCUGGGGUGCCCUACCAUGGCAGGGGACCCCUGGCCCUUGGAGGGGAGGGGUGGUCCUGGACCUGGGAGUGGGGGGCCAGGAGCCUGCCUCACCUUCCAUCCCUUCAACUAGAUACUACCGGUCAAACACUGCACACCCAGGACAGGGCCUCUGUUCUCGAGUGGAACGGGCAGUGAAGGCGUCUGUCCUGAGUACGGUUGGCAUAUCUGAUGGUUCAGAGAUAUGGGCUGGCGGGACCCAUCCUCCAGGAGCCCUGCAUCAUCCGGUUGAGAAUGUCACACGGUUGCCUAGGCCAGUGGCCUUGGCCGUUUGGUCAGCAGCACUAAGGAGUUCUGGCAGUGAGCUAAGUGUUUUGGGAGAGGAAAGUGUGUGAGGCCUGGUCUUGCAUUGGCAGGAGACACCACUGUGGUGUGGGAGGCCUGGCACUCGGCCCCCGGCAGUAGCAGCCUGCCCCAUCCCUCUCCCUGCCUAUCUAUCCAGCCCCUACUGCAGACCUCAGUAAGGGCGAGAGCCCCUGGGGGAAGGGAAUGAGGAGGUAACAGGCCGGCGGGUGCUGAAACACUCCUGGUACAUAGGAUCAGAAGCUGUCCGAGUGUGGACUGGGCUCCUAGAUCCUGUUUUUCUGUGACCCAGCCCUGCCUGGAGAAGCAGCCCGGUGUCCCACCUCAGACACCCUCGGCCCCGUGUGGAUGGGAGCAGGAAGCAGGAGAAAGGAUAGCAGGUCAUGGCUGUGGGGGCUCAGACUCCUAGAGCUGGUGGUAUCCAGGGAGCUGCAGAAGUGGGCUGGACUCUGGAGGCUUCUGCCCUUGCCCUCCCUGUCCUGCCAGGCGCCUCCUUCCCCGCUGCUUCUGGGACCAAGACCUCGGUGUCUAGCCUUUUCUGGCCUCCCAUGGUGCCUUGGCUCACAAGAGGGGAAUGGCCAAAUAACAUCAAUGUGUAAAGCAGGCUUCUUCCUCCAGAAGAUGCUGUUUGGAGAAAGACUGUGUGUGUGUAUGUGUGUGUGGUGUGAGAGAGAGAGAGAAUGAGAGAAUAUAUGUGGCACACACACACACACACACACAGCCUGGGAGGGCGAGGAGGAAGGGUUUGUGAUGAGGUGGGACAAAAACAUAAUGUGAAACUGUACAGACUUUUCUGACGAGGGCUGCUUGAGGGGUGCAUACCCUAGGGCUGGCCCACUCUGCCCUGUGUGUUUUGUUUUGUUUUAUUUUGAAAAUAAACUGCUGUUUUAUAUAUCUAGCAUCUGUUGGCUUCAGAGCCAGAGGGAGAGAAAGUGAAAGAACGGGGUCCAUGGACUGGGCUCUCCAGGAAUCACCUCCCCCCCUACCCCCCCAACUCAGCUGGACCUUGCUCAGUGGGGAGGGGCCAUGUUGCAGGUGAUUAGAUGCUGGGUAGGAGGUGAGAGAUCACCUUUGACCCCUCGCCCCCUCCCUAGUAUGUGGGGGCCAAAUGGGCCAGAACCCCACCUACCCCCCAUAUGUAAAGAGGUGAUGGGGGUGCAUCUACUUCACUCAUCCUAUAACCAAAGGGUCUGAUGGCCCAGAAGGAGUGACAAGGAGGCGCCUUCUAUUUUCCUGUGAACUCUUAAUGAGCUCAUCUUAGGUCUCGCCCCCUCUGUCAGGGUGUCCGGCUGCCCUGGCGUGGCACGCACUGUAUGUAUAUACUGGCAAUGAUGUCAAGUGUAAUUUAUUUUAACAUUUUUACAAUAAAACAGGAGAUGGA